AUUCAGUCCCUCUCUGAUUCACUCUAUCGGCGUGUGUGUGUGUUGAGGGGACGGGUAGUUGGAGUAAGGAGUCGCCGGGCGCUAGUGCAUCACGAAUGCGUUUUUUGGGAAAGAAACGCCGCUGAAAAAUUGCACCACAGACCGAAGAAGCGACCCCCGGUGACGACUUCUGUGAAGAGAUUUUUUUCAACGCAGCGACUGCGCCACACGCACAGUCAGGCAAACGCAGCCGGGCUAUCAAAUGUUAGCCUACUAGCAUCCCUGAAAACAGACGGGAUCAAGGUGUUGAUAGCUAGCCUCCCAGCUAAUUGCCCAUCAGCUAGCAUCCUCAGCGGUAGCAUCAUUAGCUCGUUUCUCCUCGCGCGCGUCGAGACCUCGCCAUCGCUCGUGGCGGUCCCUUUUAGGUCGCGGCAAUCAAAUCCGACACUGAGACAAAAACAGAGAGCGGUUCCUCCUCACUGGUGCUGGAGACGGCGUCUGCGUUGCAUUAGUUGACACCAUCACACCCAACCUCCCCAACCCCAUCACCUCUGCCCCUCUUCCUCCACCCGAAACACUGGAAAUCCACAAGCGGCCGGAUAGCGGCGAGGGGCCGGCGAAGCUGGGGGUGGUAACGCUACCGGACUCGCAGGGAGUCACAGCGGCUACAGACAAGCACAGCCGUGGGGAUCUACCGACAAGUAUGGACGGGCUGGCCGUGGAAGUUCGCGGCUCGAACGGGGCCUUCUACAAGGGUUAUAUCAAAGAUGUCCACGAAGACUCGCUCACAAUUGUGUUUGAAAACAACUGGCAGCCAGAGAGACAGUUGCCCUUCAGUGACGUGCGGUUGCCUCCUCCAGCCGACUACCACAAGGAAAUUGGUGAAGGAGAGGAGGUGGAGGUUUACUCCAGGGCCAACGAACAGGAGCCAUGCGGCUGGUGGCUGGCGCGGGUCAGAAUGAUGAAGGGAGAAUUCUAUGUGAUCGAAUAUGCAGCGUGCGACGCCACGUACAACGAGAUAGUCACGUCAGAGCGCAUCAGGCCUCUAAACCCCAACAGCCCUGCCUCUCGAAACACCUUCCACAAGAUCCCCAUCCCCGUCCCAGAAGACCUGAGGGACAUCUGUGCAAACGACAACAUUCACAAAGACUUCAGGAAAGCAAUCGGAGCCAACUGCAUCUUCUACAGUGCCCAAACACAUGAGCUCAUCGUGCUGUCUACAAAUGAAACCACAGUAAAGCGUGCAGCUCUUCUGAGCGACAUGCAUUUCCGGAGCAUCCGUACCAAGCUUAUGCUAAUGUCCCGCAACGAAGAAGCCACCAAACAUUUGGAGACAAGUAAGCAGUUAGCAUCGGCGUACCAAGAGGAGGUGAGGGUCAGGGAGGACCUGAUGGGCCUCGCCAUCGGCUCCCACGGUGCCAACAUCCAGCAAGCGAGGAAGGUGCCUGGUGUUACAGCGAUCGAGCUGGAGGAGGAAAGCUGCACGUUCAGGAUCUAUGGAGAGACCCCAGAGGCAGUGAAACAGGCCAGAGAGUAUCUCGAGUUCAAGGAAGACUACUUUCAGGUACCCAGGAACCUUGUAGGCAAAGUCAUCGGCAAAAAUGGCAAAGUCAUCCAGGAGAUUGUGGACAAGUCGGGCGUGGUCCGUGUCAGGAUCGAGGGAGACAACGACAAAAAGCUUCCCCGCGAGGAGGUAGGCAGGCAGGGGGCUGGCAGGGACGACACUGCCAGCAGCAAAGAGGGCAUGGUUCCCUUUGUAUUUGUGGGAACGAAGGAGAACAUCAGCAAUGCUCAGGCUCUGUUGGAGUACCACGUGUCCUAUCUCCAGGAGGUGGAGCAGCUGCGCCUCGAGCGCCUGCAGAUUGACGAGCAGCUCCGUCAGAUCGGGGUUGGGUACCGUGCGCCUACCGGCCGAACUGGGGGCCCUGGUGUUGAUCGGGAGAAAGGCUACCUGACAGAUGAAAGCACCAAUUCACUCCACACUCGAACCUACGGGGGCCGCGGUAGAGGGCGAAGGGCCUCCAACAGCCAGUACUCCGGAUAUGGCACAAACUCUGAACUGUCCAAUGCCUCUGAGCCAGAGGAUCUCACCGAGCGAGACCAGAGGCCUCGUGGAAUAGGCAACGAUGAGAGGGGAUCCCGACGGGGUGGUAGGGGCCGAGGAUCCAACUCAGGACGAGGUCGCGGAGGGCCAGGAUCCAAGCCCUCGAACUCAAUCAGCUCAGUACUGAAGGACCCAGACAGUAAUCCAUACUCCCUGCUGGAGGGUGAAGGAGAGCUGGCUGACGCAGACAUCAGUGAAGGCAUGGGAGAUCGCCGCAGACGAUCCCGCCGCCGCCGGAACGACCAGGAGCCCAGUGUCAUGGACGCAGCUGCAGAGUCGGACAGCCAGGCUGGCCCGAGUGAGAACGGACUAGAUGAAGAAGCCCGGCCUCAGCGCCGCAACCGAAGCCGCCGCCGCCGUAACCGUGGCAACCGCCCAGAGGGAGGUUCAACCAGCCGUGACAGACAGCCAGAAAGUGUGACUGUUGCUGACUACAUAUCCCGCGCCGAGUCCCAGAGCAGACAGAACCUGCCACAGAAGGAAAACCACGCUGGCCCUGAGCCCAAGGAGAACGGCACCACCGCCAAGAAGGAAGAGCGAACGCCCUCGACGCGUUCCCCCAGCAAAGGAUUGACCUCGGCCAGCGAGACCCUGACCUUGGUCAACGGGGUCUCAUAAAGAGACGAGCAAACCCUUGCGAACCCAAGUCUAGAGCAAGACUCCAUGGCAAACUCUGUCCCUGCUUGCAUUAACUUAAACCUUAAACAGAUGAGUGAAAAAGUACCUGACAAAAUACCUGAGUUCAUACUACGAGAGUGAAAAAGUACAAAAAAACGACAAACGCAUCUACUUAAAACCACACGUUAACGGUGUAUGCUAUCCUAUCUAUCAGUACUUAGUGCUUAUUUAAAAGAAAAAAAAAAGAGGAAAAAAACAACUAGCUUGCCAAAAAAGAGCUGGUGGAUAUGACUUGAUUUUUAAAAAUACUGAAACACGAGAAACAGGACGAGACGUUUUUUUUUUUUUGUUGUUGUUGUUGUUGUUUGUUUUUUGUUUUGAACUGUUUGUCUUUAUUUCUGUUAAUGUUAAUUUUGUUCAUUGUUUAUCACUGGUUUCGACUCGGCGGUCGCUCUCUCAACCAAAACAGACACAUCUCUUUAUAACGGUGUUUAAAGUGCACACAGGAGAGAUGUAAAGCUGUAUGAGCAGACAGUCCGGCUCAUGUGACACCAUGUUCGCACACUGAACCUGGGAGUGAAGACGGAUUGGAAUACAGAUAGACAUUGUGCCUUGAAUUUGAAAAACAAAUAUAUAUAUAAACACAUAAAAAAAAAAAAAAACUUGAGUUUUUUUUUUCCAUUAAGUUUGUUUUUGAGGGGAAGAAAAUGAGAGUUCUUCUUCCAGGUUUUUUUUUUUUUUUCUUUCUGUUUUUGGUUUGAAGGAGAGAACAGAUCUGUGAGGGAGUGAUGAGGAAAAACAAAAACAAAAAAACAGGAUGCAGAAACAGAUGGAGUGGGUGGCCGAUGUGAGGAAAAUUCAAUCUGGUGCCAAACGCGAAAUUCAAGGCGCUUGUUCUCAUUCCGCGUAGAACGGACGGCAUUAGGGGAGGUAAGUGUGGGGGAAUGGAAGAGGAGCGGGGUCAGCGCGUGUGUCUGUCUGUGUGUGAACAGUUGAGACAUUUGGCAACAACAAAAUUUUUUAACUGAGAGCGGAUGACGUGGGGAAAACCUAACGUAGCCCCGAGGGGCGUUGUCACGGCAUGUGUCUCUUCCUCCUCUCGCCUGUUUCAGGUCCUUGGAAGUGUUCCAGGGCCGGCACCCCGGUGCAGCCCCGCAAACAGGACAGGCUGAGACCAGAGCGACCGCACACUUGAACUGUUAAGAUUUCAACUUGGAGAGAACUACACCGUGCCUCUUUCUGUGUCAGAGGGGUGGCGGCGCUAGCUUCCAGCCACACUUAGUGUCUUGAUUAAAACCACUGCAGUGGUCCAGACGCACACGAAGGGGGAGGGGGGGAGGGAGCGCGACCACCUUUUCUGGGACGGGUGCUGCUAGUGACGUGGGAAGGGGUGGGGAGAGCCUGGAGACUGCAGACUGUGGGAACGGGACAGCUUAAAAUGACAUGAGAGCCACACGACACACAGGCCCACAUUUACAGGUACACACACACCAGGUCGGCAUGGUCGCCCGCGUAGUGCAAAAGUAGAGGACCGAAAAACUCUGAGCGAGCGAGGUUGUCCGUCUUUUGUACCUGGCGGUUUGGGGUAAUGUUUUUUUUUUCUUUCUUCUCGGCAUACGGAGUAAGAGACGGACUCGAAAACCUCAGCGGCUCUCUGCUCAUGUUGUUACUGUUGUCUUGGUUGUCGCUCUCAAGUUCUUUUUGUUGCUCUUUCCACAUCGUAGAAAAUAUGAAAUAAAAAACUGAAGUGAAAUCAACCUCUUCUGUGGAGAUGAACUUUGAUUUCUCUUGUCUUGUGAGUUUGCAGUCUAUUUUUCUAACUUGCAUGGCCAUUCGAGUAGUAGGUGGUGCCUGUCCUGUGCAUGAGGAAAAAAGGGGUGUUGUUAAUCUGACUUACAAAGCCAUUGUUUCAUUCACUAGAAUUGCUGCUAAUGUACACACUGAAUGUCCAACUAACGUAGAAACUCUACCAUGAAGAGAGGAAAAAACUAUUUGACUGAUUUUUUUAUUUUUUAUUUUUUUUUUUCUCUCCCCCUCCAAUACUUAUCUGCCCAGACCCCCCACCCUCCCACACUCUGUCGGUGGGUACGAGUCAGGAAGGGACCGGUUCCUUUUGCUUACAAGUUUUCAGAGUUUCAAAAGUGUUAAAUUGUGAAAUUACAAAGGGCAACAUUGUGCAUGACAAGCAAGCAUCCACAUGACCAAAGGUUUUGAGAGACAGACGAAUGGGAGUGUGGUUGACUCGAGAUGACCCAGAUGCUGCUGUUUUACAUUUCUGCUCACCUGUAUGUUGUGUUUUUAGAGGAUGAUCGAACAUUUGAGUAUUUGUACCUUGGUUCAGUUGCAUGUGUGCGAGUGGAGGAUGAAGCCUUGCGUGGUAUGUUUGUGUUUACCUUUAUACCUCAUUGUGUGAGUACUGUAUUCCCUAAUGUAUCUGUAUCCCUCACGUCCUGUUGAAAGACUGCUGCGUGUGUGUGCGUGCGCGCACGUGCGUCUGCGUGGAUGCUGGUUGUACAGUCGACUCCUCACUCUGUCAGAUUUUGUCUCUGGUUUUCUCACUCAUGUUCUGAUGGCAAUAAAGGACUUUUCAUUGUUUGGUA